AUGCAGGGAAUCCCGCUGUUGUUACCGUCACUGGUGCUGCUGCUCACUGCCGGCCUCUGCCACUGUCUCGUCCAAUGCCCGUUGGAAUGCCGUGGCACGGGCUGGAUAAUCGUGCCCGGCAAAGGUCUCGAGAUAAUCGAAGGGCCCAAAGUGCAGGCUAUUCUGACGGUCAUCAAAAAAUUACGGAAAAUCAAGCCAGGAACGACGACUGUCAAAGUGACCAUCGGUGGUCACGACCUUCGGGUACCGCCGGGAACACAAUUCACAAUCUUGGAUACCAUUAAGAAGUUUCCUGACAUAGGACAAGCAUUGACAUGGAUCAUCAAUAGUAGCGGCGCAAGCGGGCAGCCGCCUACGGAGAACCAGAAACCGUGGUUCCCGGAAGAUCUAGUACCGGACAUAUUCCAGACAUCUUCAUCGCCUUUGAAACCGCAGGUUUCCGAAGCCCCAGCGCCACCGCCGAAUCAAGAAGUUCCGGAAGUCCCCUUCCCUAUUGAAGAACCAUUUUCGGAACCACGCCAAGUUUCAGAACCUCCCCAUGUUUCGGAAAUUUCCCAAGUGCCGGAAGCUCCUCAAGUCCCGAACGCUCCCAAGGUCCCAGAAGUUCCCGAAGUACCGGAAGCUCCACAGCUUGACGAGCUGACGGAAGUUCCCAAGCUCCCCAAGGAUAACACGCCUUUCGACGUAGAAUCUUACUUGGAUUUACUUCAGAAAAACCCGGACCUUUUCGUUCUUGUCUACUGGAUGCUCGUGCGCCACGGUGUUACCUUCCCUAACCUGAGCAAGCCAGUUACCUGGGUAAUCGUCAACGGCAAGAGGGUCCCCUUGCAGAAGCCAGUGACCGUUCGGUACAUUAUCACUAUCGAAAACCACAAGUUUGAAUUACCGAAAGAUAAAAAGAAAUUUGCAGAUUUUAUUUCAAAAAAUCCGAACCUGUUGCCCCAAAUUGCUACCAUACUCCAACAGUUUGGCGCAACCUUUGUCACUACCGCCAGCGGCCAGAUCACGGGAUAUAAAUUAUUUAAUAAGGUUACCAGACUGCCGAGACCCGUGAAGGCCACAGUCACGAUAAACGGACGAGCGUUCGAACUUCCUCGUGAUAUUGUCGAUCUCAUCGGAGCGGUACAAGAUACCCCUAAGUCUCUACACAUGAUAUUACCUUUGCUGACCUCUUACGGCGUGCGCAUCAAGAAGGGGCCAAACGGUGAAAUUCAUUACUUAACGCUCAACGGUAAGACGUAUCCGGUACGGUAUGUGAAACCAGUGAAGGUGACCAUAGACAACAUUCAGUUCUCAAUUCCAGCCGACUUGAGAGUUAUCCUCUCCCAACCCAGCAAGCUCUGGAUCGGCCAGCUCCUAUCUGAAUUACAGAAGCAGCACGUCCCGAUAACGGUGGACCCGCAAACCGGCAAUCUUGUUGGCAUCGUCAUAGACCAAGUCCCCAUUCCAUUCCCAGCAAUAGUGCGACUGCGUGUGAAACUUGGAAAUCGCUACUUUAUUAUCCCCAGAGACAUUCCAGCUAUGAUUGAUUUUCUAAAGACGAGCGGUCUACCAAGCGAGGUCUUGAACGACCUGUACAGCCUCUACGGAAUCAUUCCUGUGCGCAACGCUGACAAGCUUGUUGUUGCCAUAGAAUUCAACGGAAAACGGUAUACUGUUCCGCAGCAGAAGACAACCACACUGGUGGUAUCUGGCCAGACCUUUGUGCUUCCCAGAGAUAACGCCAAGCUGGCUGAAAUUCUCGUAAACCACAAGAUUCUACUAAAGGACUUCCUGCUUCAAAUUCAGCUGGCUGGUUACAAGUUACUGGCCGGGCCGGACGGGGUGCUUUCUUCCGUCCAGAAAGGAUUCGAGAUCUUCGAACUCCCCGUCACCAUCCGAUUGGUGGUGACCAUCAACAACGACCGCUAUCGAAUACCCAACGACUUGCCGAACCUCGUCGCUUUCAUGAGCAAACCCGAGCACAGCCACGUAGUCGAGCAAAUCGUUCAGAAUCUCAUAGAGCUAGGAGUACAAGUGAAACGCGACGGCGGGAAGAUUGUCCUGGUUUUCAAUGGACGCGAGUUCAACGUGGGGGGUGAGGCAGGGCCCUCUCCUAAGCCGGUUCCUGUGAACGUCCCUGGAGAGUCCACCAUGAGGAUCCAGUUCAACGGCCAGUGGUUCAAGAUUCCGGACGAGUUCGACAGCCUAGUGACCACCGUCAGGAAGGGCGGCACCGGGGCGAUCGCAUUCCUUGUUAAAGCACUGGGGGAACACGGUAUCCUUGUCAGCAGGUCACCAGACGGCGACAUCGCUUCCAUCGUGUUCCGGGGCAAGACGUACACGUUCCCGCGAGGCACAGGCGCUGGCCCGAGCAACGUGGAAGUCGUCAUCCGCGGCCAGAAGUUCCUCAUUCCGAGGGACUUGGGCGUUCUUCCGACUCAAGUCCCAAACUUCCAGUACGGCGAGCUUGUGGUGGCUUUGCACCGACUGGGAAUCUCGCUCGUGGUCGACGACAGGGGCAACUUUUUCGGCAUGAAGGUCGGCGGAAAGCUGGUCAGGUUCGGGGUCACGUUCAGGGUCGCCGUCAUCCUGGACAACAGUGGGACGUCCUUCGGAGUGCCGCACCAGCUGGGGGCGCUUGCAGUAGGACUGGCCAACGGGAACUGGGACUGGAACGCCGUCCGGAGGGUGCUGUAUGCCUCCGGGGUGGAAGUGAGGGGCGGCGUCGCGGGGGCGCCGCGGGAGAUAGGUUUCCAGGGAAACUUCUACAAGAUCCAGAGAGGCACCAAGGGCUAGACCCUUACACAAGCAACACGAUUGUAAUAAAAGGCAUUGUUUCUUUGUU